GUGGUCAACAUGAUGCUACAGUCCUUUCUCUCUGUGUCGGCCGGAAUAUUCCAGAUAGAGUUCCUAGAGGCGUUUGAGGGCAGCAGCAAAGGUGUCAUUGCACUGAUCGGCGCCAUGUCGGCGUGUGGACAGACACUGCUGGUGCCUACCGCUAUGCGUUUGCACGUUCAAAGUGGACUACGUCUAUGCUACGUGUUCUCACGUUCCACAUGGACAGUGCUCCGAGCUUUACGUGGUCAGGGUUUAUCGUAGUGCAUUGUCCUCAGGCCCUGUUGCCGGUGUCCUGAGCAGCGCCGUGACCCCGCGAGUGACCAUCAUGCUGGGAUCGCUGCUCAUCGCCUUCGGCCUUCUCACCGCCAGCUUCGCCUCUGACCUCGUCUCACUCAUUCUUUUCUACGGCGUCGUUGCCGGCACUGGCUCGGGUCUGGCCUACACGCCAUCUGUAACCUUCAUUGCCGUUUACUUCGUCCGCUACCGCGUCAUCGUCAACGGCCUCAUCCUAGCGGCGCCUGGGAUCGGGGUCCUGGCGGGCCCCUACCUUCUGCGCUGGCUGAUCGAGACGCAGGGCUGGCGCCUGGCGCUGGCUGCUUGUGGCGCCUUAAUGCUGCAUAUGUGCGUGUUGUCUGCCCUCCUCUUCACGCCCCCUGGCGAGGGGUCUAGCGCGUCCUGCACGUGCAUCCGUAAGAAGGAUAUCGCGAAAGGUCAGCUGGUCAAGGUCGACAUGCUACUAACGCGCGACCCGAACCUGGAGUCGAGGACGAACUGGAAAAUGUCCGAGUUGGGAAGUGUCCUGCUGACUGACUCUGUUGUGUGGACUGUGGAGAAGCCAAGCAAAGAUGAAACAAUGUCACUAAUGCAGCGCCUGACAAACCUGCUGCGGCUGCGGUUCAUGUGGAUCAUGUGUCUGAACCAGUUCCUCCUCUAUGCUGGCUACUCCGUCAACUCCAUCCUCUUCCCCUCCUACGCGCAAAGUGUGGGCGUGGCCUUCUCGGACCUGCCCGCUCUGUACACAGUGUACGGGACGACUAUGAUCGUCUCCCGUGUCACCGCCGGCUUCGUCUUCAACCUCCUGCCGCAGCACCACGUGACCAUUUACCUCGUCCUGCAGCUGUGCGUGGCCCUGGUGCUGUUGCUGCUGCCGCUGUACGGACUGAAUCUGCAGCUGCUCUUCUUCGCGCAGUUUCUAAUCGGUCUGACCUAUGGUCCGGUGUUUUUGCUCGUCACGCCAAUGCUCAUUUCACAGGUGGGCAUGGACAACCUACCUGUAGCUUUUGGCACACUAAUGCUUUGCUGUGGAGUUGGCUAUAUCAUCGCUCCACCAAUCGGAGGUCUGAUGUACGACAUCUUUGGUGACUACAAAGUUUCCUAUCAUAUAGCAGGGUCAACGAUCGCCUUGGCAGCUUUGUCGGUUAUACCAUUGUUAUUUCUGAAAGUCGAUGACAAGAAAAAGGACGAAAAGUUCAACGAGACAACCUUGUUGUCUCCUAGCGACGCAGACGCCGAAAGUGACGGGUUGGUGACAAAACACAGUAACGGCUCCGCGUCUUCUUUUCUCACGGGAAAAACCAGCAAUCCUUCCCUGUUGUCCACAGCUCCUCCAGUCAGUGAACUAACUGAAACCUGGGAAUUAGAGUCCGCGAGUUCGUUCCGGGAGGUGUAAUCCAAGAGUCGAAGGAGUCUGCUCGUGAGUGGAGAGCGCAGACCCAGUGCUGGUGACUCACCUGUCAUGUCUGUAAACACUACGUUUGAAUACCUGAUAUUUUACAAACUUGUGGUGUGGUUUAUACAUUUAUUUAUUGGUGUGAACAAGUUUUAUAUGCAAAAUUAUUCCUUUAAAAUUAUAUAGCAGUAUACUGUUUAAAUAAAUCUUUAUCUGCACUCGCCUUCUUCAAAGAUAUUUAUAUGUUAGUGGCCAUCAUAUGCUGUAUAUAUAUAUAUGUGUGUCCCAUAUACUUGUGGCCUAAAAGGUUUCGAAGUAUCCGUUGGUUUGUGUGUGUGUGUCGCUGCCUUCACCUUCCAAUGGGAAAAUGAAAAAAAAACAAAACAAAAAACAAAUAAGAAUUUCUGCGAAGUGGGCAGGUGAAGUUUUCCAUUUACUAGCCUGAGUGAGCAUCGAACCGGCGACUUUCAGUCCAGCGCACUAACCACCAGUCUACGGGUUUUUAUCAAUAAGCAAGUGUUACGUGCAUGGGAUAUGUGAAGUUUUAAAAAUAAGCCUUAACAUUUUAUCUUAUAAAGUUCUAAUCAAAACAAAUGGGCUUCAUGAAGACAAUUUUUUCGGCCACUUGUACAUACCAAUCUUAGUAAGAAAACGAUUGAGUCAGAGAAGAGAAACAAGCAGAAGAAAUAUUGUAGAAGCGAUUAUCGUCAGAAAAGAAGGCUGGACGACACCUCUCACAUUUCGCACGUGAGUCUUGUACAAGGAAAGGUCAAUAAACAGGCCGGCGACCUAAGGGAGUGAGGUGUUAAAAGAUCCCACUUUUCUCGGGGUUUUUAUGAGGGUGGUACCCCUUCACUUCCCCCUCUCUACUUUCCUAAACCCUCCACGCCUAAGGAGAUAGUACAUACACCACAGUCUGGUCAACUAAUGAAGAUGUACGCUAGGAAUAAUAACAAUAAUACAGCGCAUUUAUAUUGCUCCUUUACCCAGCACCAAAACCUUUUACACACACCUUUUAAGGUAGGUAUCGAAUUAACCGUCAAGAACACACACACCGGCUAGUGUUAUGCGAAUUCGAGCACUGUCGCUCUAGGGCUAGGAUGUCCCCUCCUCGCCACCACCCUUUGGACAAGAAGAAUGAGUCAAGGGAUUUACUAUGUUACUGUGGGACACGCAAACCUGCGUCUUGCACUUGGCAGAGGAAGUGCCUGGACUUGAAACUGAAGCGGUGGAACCUGCAUACAUGAUGUUGAUGUUGUAACAUCAAGUCUAAGGAACAUCUGUACAGGGAGUAUAGGUCUAGCUGAUCACAGGCAUUAGGGUUGAAAGAAUGUGCAAGAAAUUACAGCACAGUAGGAACCGUCUUCUUUUUAAAAGUACACCCCCCCCCCAGAA